AUGUUGUCCCAUCCUCGUCGUUGUCGGUCCUGGACCUCUGCGUCGGGCCCAGUCGCGUCCAAGUCUUUCGAAAUCCUGCAGAAACUCCUUGAUGGCUUUGCGACUGCUGCGUCGUCACCCGGAGAGAACGGCUAUCCCGACAUUGGCAAACUAAUCAAGCCUUUAAGGGACAUAAACCGACAUGUAUCUGCCCCAGGGUUGCCAGCUUUGCAGGAUGAUUUUCGACACGCCCGCGGCUUUGACAUUCUUCUCGACGUCCUGCGCGCUUUCUCGGGCUUUUACGAUCCACAAAAGCGAAGCCAAGCUGACAUGAUGUCGCUGUUCAAACUUUUGGGGGCCAGUCUGAACGUGCUUUCCUCAGUAUUGCGCAAUCACCCUGGCAAUAAGAGGUUCUUUCGUUAUCGCGUCGCCGGCGGUGGAUGGGAGGCUCUAGAGCAGGUUAUUGCUAGUAUUGGACUGGGCGGUGCCGAGCCUGACCCGUGGGUCAGUUGUCAUGUGUUUGGAAAACUUCUUGCAUUUGCACUUGACAAUGAAGCAUUGGAUCUACUCUGCCAGGCUAUUGCUAAAGGAUUGCGCGCCGAAUCCGAAACGACACCACCAUCAGCCUCUGAAGGAGACAACGACAAGGGGGAGCUCCCGUCUGAUGACGGCGAUUCACAAUGGGACCUAGUUUUGGCUCAACCAGUCGAUAAUAUUGGACCUAAUGUACGAGACAUCCUCAAGUCCACUUCGGUGAUUCGAUUUCCAGAGAUUCUUCGACCAGUUGUCAGCUUCUGGAUGGCCAUACCACGUCAGGCAGACUCACCUGCAACACCAAGCUCUCUUUUCGUUCUGGAAACGAUCCUGUGCGCCAUGUCGGAUUCCAUCUUCAAUCGGGUCGCAGUCCAUUCCACAGGCGUCUUGUCCCAGUUUCUCCGUGCGGCUUUCGGUCGGGGAGUGUUGCUGGCACUAUCUGAACGUGAAAAACUGCUCGCCAUCUGUAAAUUGCUCAUGUUUCUAGGCGUCAAUCAGCCUGCGGAUACACAAUUUCUCCUUGCUGCUUCGCGACCUGACGCAGCCGACUUUUGUUUGGAAAUGAUGUCUCAAUAUGCCGGCCCGCCUUUUUUUCAAUUCGAUUUAUCCUUGCAUGGCCACUCGUCUCUUGAAUUGUCUAGUCUUGGUCGCCCAUUUCCUCCCCAGUCAACUGCUGGAUAUACCUUCACAGCAUGGGUACGGAUUGAGAAUUUUGAUCCCACUUCUCACACUACUUUGUUUGGUGUUUUUGAUGCUUCGCAAACAUGCUUCGUACUCAUGUACUUGGAGCGGGAUACCCAUAACUUCAUCUUGCAGACUUCGGUAUUUUCGAACAAACCGAGUGUGAGGUUCAAGUCCGUUGCCUUUAGCGAAAGAAAGUGGUACCAUAUUGCGAUUGUACACCGAAGACCAAAGCCAAUGACCGCCAGCAAGGCGUCUUUGUACGUAAAUGGAGAAUUUGCAGAGCAAGUUCGUUGCAGUUAUCCUCUGACACCACCAUUGUCGAAUGACAACAACGAGAGCUUCGCAUCUUUCAACUCAAAUCAUAACAAAACGAAUCCGGUCCAGGCUUUUCUGGGGACGCCUUUGGAGUUAUCUGGCAAAGUUGGCCCUGGACGGGUUGUCUCGAGAUGGUCUCUUGCUUCGGCCCAUUUAUUUGAAGACGUCCUCAGCGACGAUUACUUGGCAGUGCACUACGGGCUCGGUCCCAGAUACCAAGGGAAUUACCAAGACAGCCUGGGAGGCUUUCAAACCUACGAGGCCUCCGCCACUCUUGGCCUGCGCAAUGAGAUUACACACCCUGGAAAGGAUGAGAAUUCUGAUAUACUGCGCGCGGUUCGAGAGAAGGCGAGCACGCUGCUACCCGAGUCCAGAAUCAUGUUGAGCAUUCUCCCAUCUGCCACAUUUCCCGAAAACGUUCAGUUCCUAGAUACUGGCCUUCUGCGGUCACUUCCGCGCAUAUCAACUCGAAACCUAUUCCGUGUAUCAAGCCAAGAAGGCGCGCCAUUGGCGCUAAAUUGCGCGGUACCCAGCCUGCCGGAUGCGUUGCUCAGAGCACACGGCAUGGCGUCAUUCCGCGGAACCCCAAUCGUCGCUGUCCCAUCCUAUCUGGAUGAAAACCUUUGGCGACUUGCUGGAUUCACACCCCUUGCCCUGAAGCUGCUGGAGCGGGCUACCACAGUGGACGAAACGAUAAGGUCCAUCGAGAUAAUGUUUCAUUGCAUUCGCAAGAGCUGGCGAAAUAGUGAAGCUAUGGAACGAGACAAUGGUUACGGCAUCCUAGGCAUGCUCCUACGAAUCAAAGUUGGCUAUAGUACCCAAAUCGCAGGCGAACCAGCAGCAGAACGAUUACUCAUUUCAAACGAGGAUCGAGACAGCUUGUUGUUUCGUAUUCUGAGCCUUAUUCUCGGCUUUGUUGGCUACAAUCACGCAGAACCCAUCGACUCCUUCAUCAUCAAUCCGUUGGCAUACCGCGUUUUGCUCAUUGAUCUUGACAUUUGGCGAAAAUCAACUUCUCGUAUCCAAGAGCUAUAUUAUAAACAAUUCUUGACGUUUGCUGUCAAUAGUAAACAUCACGAGUUUAAUAGUCGUAGACUGACACGGAUGAGAAUCGUAAAACGGCUGUUAGAUGCCAUGAAAGGCGAAGCUGUAUCCGAGGAUGUUGUAAUACAUUUCAUGCUUGCCUUUGAGAUGCUGGUGAAGUCAAACCUGAGUCAGGAGGUCUUGCGAGCGCUAUCACUGUUCAUCACAUUUGCUUUUCACACUCCGCCUGCUUCGAAUCCACGCACCCCCAAGGCCUUAUCCUCAACCUCACGACCAGGCACACCCGGAACGCUGAGAAAGAGUAUGGCGGACCCUAUGAGGGUUGUCACACCACCUGUUGGCACUAAAUUUCUCUCUAGGCGACAACUUGGAGCGCGGGUGUUGGGCAUGUAUGCUCGCAUUCUCUGCGAAAAGGGCAAUACAAACCACAUAAAGAAAUUUGCAAGAACUGUAACAAACAAGUGGCUACUAUACCUCCUUGCCGACGAUGAUGCUGAAGUUGUCAUACAAGGUUGUAGGAUUCUGGCUAGGCUUCUAGUUUCCCAUGGCUCUAGUUACACGUCAAAGUUUGCCGGAAAAUCUGGUGGUUUUGUGAUCAUGGCUAGUAAACUGAAGCGAUUCUGGGCCAACGCAAAGCUGUGGCCCAUUUGCUUCAGCAUUCUAUUUGGCUGCGAUGUUGCCAACAUCAGCUUGGAAGAUGGCAUUGACCCCCCUUCGCUUCUCGCCCUCUUCUCUAAGAGAAAAGUUGUGUAUCCGGAAUCACUGAUAAUUAUCACGUCAAUGCUCCAACACGGGUUGAGAGAUGUGAUGAAGCGCCUGGACGAGAGCGAUUCGCAGACCAGGAGUCGUGGCGACGGUGACAAUGGGAGUAUGGCGUCGAACCUCUCGGCAGCAGAGCUUAAUAUGGCAAACUUGAGCAAAUUUGACAGCCCGCUGUCCGAAGAAAAUGUUCUAUCUGGCACGAUCCGCUUUUUGUUGGACUUGCAAGAACGAUCUGCUGAAUUCCGGGACUUCGUCAUAAGUUCAGAUUGGAUGCGGAUGCUACUUAUUGCACUGUAUCCAUGUGUCGUGAGCACUGACGCAGUCACACCAGAAGUUGAACUGAACUCUCGAGAUUCAGCUUUGACAUUUGAGGGUAGCGAUGUCAUCAUUCACCCUAUUGGAAGAGGAUCUGCUCCGGCUCCGAUCGUGAGGACCAGUAGUGUGGAUGUGUCAUCAUCGCCCCUGUCAACACCUUCCAGAGGCACACCACUGCGACGAGCCUCAUCAUUUGUGCUCCUUACAGCCCAUCAAACGGCCCCGAAAGAUCAGACACACUCGGAUGUACACUCGCGUCAGUCCAGUGACCCAAGCGGCCAAGCGUCAGGUGGGCUAGUCUUCGACGGAAUGCUGGAGCUCGUUCUCCGAGUGUUUUUGGACCAGGUCUGGAAUAGAAAGGACUUCUCUGGAUUUUCGCUCUUUACUAAUGUCCCUCCUGGUUUCCAGGAACAUCAAGCGUAUUUUGAGUCCUUUCUUCUGAAGAAAGUAUUGGGGCAACUCACAAACAGAAUUCACGUCAACAAAAAGUCACUAUGUGAACCUGGUCUAUUGAUCAACCUAUCUCGACUCUGUUCCCAGAUGUCCGAGGCCAUCUUUGAGGGCUGGUUUAUCGAUGGGGCUGAAGUCGCAAUUGAUUUCAUUGGUUCGAUUCUAGAAUACCUUCAGCGGCCGGAUGUUUCAAACUUGAAGAGCGUUCGCCUGUGCAGUCAGGCAGUAUCUACCGUCCGAAGCUGCUUAUUCAGAAUUGUACUCCUGAAGCUCUCGGACCUGGACAACGCUCAAGUCUCUGAAAAGGAAGCUAAGGCCUUUAUGAAUAUGCUCGGAUAUUGGCAAAUGUCCAUUCUUGCGUCUUUCAAUCACGACGAUGAGUAUUUUAGGCUCUUUUGGUAUCAGCUGUACAUCAAGCUCAUUGAUGGCAAAACAUCCACCAGGAUUGCAGCAGCAAACCUCCUCAGGAUUAUCAUGGUACAAAAACCAGAUGAAUCGGUAGCCCUCAUUCGGUCAUGCAUCACUCCCGACCAAAGACAGCUGUCGCGAGAUUUCCAGAAGCUGACAGAAGUGGAUGACGAGACUUUUGUUCUCUGGGUGGACAAACACCGUCCAUCACUGGAUGAACUAUUCUUUGGAAACAUUGCCAAGACAUGGGAAGAUUUCGUUAUGAUUGAGAAUCAACGUACGGCUGAAAGCGCUAGAGGCAGACUCUCUAAGCGCAAGGACAAGUUAAAAGCCUGGUAUUCCGAUGCCGUCAAUGCUAGUAAGACACUUCUCAAUCAUGACGUUGGAAACACGGCCUGGAUGAAGAGCAUAUUCAACUCAGAGUAUUUCAAGUAUCAGAGGCUUCUGCAAGAUCAGCAAGAUGACAUGGCCUAUUUGGGAGCCGCAUAUCGCGGGAUGGAGAAGGAUUUGACACGACCGGGUGCUGUCUUCAGCGAGCCCAUCCCACUCAAGUGGAAGCUCGAUAGAACUGAAGGUCGAAAUCGUAUGCGUUUACGACUCCUGCCAGAUGCGUCUGGAUUUGACGGGAAAUGCCAGUCCAAGGGAAAGGCAAUGGAGGCUUCAUCUGUCCCCCUUCGGGUAAAUACGGCUAUGAGCACGACCCCCCCGACCACUACGCCAAGCCGCUCGCUGUCUUCCACGAAUCUUGUUGGUGGGAACGACGCUGCAGCGAUGGUUGAGCCUGACUCUGCGUCGGGCAAGCAGGAAGGCGGAUUUAUGGCCGAGGAUGACUUCGAGCUAGUCGACGACCCCAAUGAGCCAAUUGAAGGGGAGAAUACUUUCGAAGACAAGAACAGGAAGGUUAUGAGGCGAUUGGAACACGGAGACCAGGUACAGGCUGCUUACAACAUGUCUCGAAUUACCGGUUUAGAAGCCUGUGAGGGAAUUCUUAUCGUCGGUAAAGAUGCCCUAUACAUGAUGGACAACGUAUUCCAGUGUGCAGGCGGAGACAUCGUCAAUGUGUGGCAAGCACCUCCGGAGGAGCGAGAUCCCUUCACCAUGGUUGUUACCGGGACCAAGACGCUCGAGAAGCGCCAAACUGCUGGCAUGCGUGAUCAAGAUUCUCGCCAUUGGAAGUGGCAUGACGUUAUCAGUUUCUCCAAACGACGAUUCCUGUUUCGAGACGUCGCGAUUGAAAUCUUCUUCACCGAUGGCCGUAGUUAUUUGCUCACGAUGAUUAACUCCGCUGUUCGAGAUACUGUAUACGGCAAGCUACUGAAUAAGGCGCCGCACACAAGCGCGGCCAAUGCCUUGCCAAACCCCGAAGACGCCUGGAGACUUGACGCACUCAAGAUUGUUGACGAUCCCCCCCAAGGAUUUGGUGCAGGCUUAGGCUCCAGGAUUGGCACGCUCUUCAACUCUUCACCGUCGAAUCCAAUUGUGAGGCGAUGGCAAAGGGGCGAAGUGUCCAACUUUCACUACCUUAUGAUGGUCAAUACCAUGGCAGGCAGGACUUUUAACGAUCUCACACAAUAUCCCGUGUUUCCGUGGAUCCUUGCCGACUAUACGAGUGAGGACUUGGACCUUGAAGACCCGGCAACAUUCCGAGACUUGUCAAAGCCCAUGGGCGCCCAGACCCAAGCCAGAGUUCCUGGAUUUGUUGAGACAUAUAGUGCGCUCAAGGAGAUUGGUCAAGCACCAUUUCACUAUGGUACUCAUUAUUCGUCUGCAAUGAUUGUCAGCUCCUAUCUGAUUCGACUUCCUCCAUUCGUGCAGUCGUAUCUCCUUGUUCAAGGAGACAGCUUCGAUCACGCAGACCGACUGUUUCAAUCCGUCGCUGACGCUUGGACAUCUGCAUCAGCCAGGAACAAGACAGACGUCCGAGAGCUUAUUCCUGAAUUCUUUUGCCUCCCUGAAUUCCUGACAAACAUCAACGGAUAUGAUUUUGGUCGCAAACAAAGCACUGGGGCACAGGUGGACCACGUUAAGCUCCCACCUUGGGCCAAGGGAGAUCCUAAGAUAUUCAUUGCAAAGCAUCGGGAGGCCCUAGAGAGCCCCUAUGUUAGCGAAAAUUUGCAUCACUGGAUCGACCUUAUCUUCGGAUGUAAGCAGCGGGGGGACGCAGCCGUGGAAAAUCUCAAUGUGUUCCACCAUCUGUCGUACGCUGGCGCAAGUGACUUGGAUCGCAUUACUGAUGCCAAUGAAAGAGCUAUAACAGCUGGCGUCAUUCAUAAUUUUGGUCAGACGCCUCACCAAGUGUUCAACAAGCCACAUCCGGCUCGGGAGUACACGCAAUGUUCGACGAGACGACUGGAUACAUCAAUUUUCUCGUUGACUUGUCUGCCUCGGCCCCUCUUAGAGAGCCACGAACGUGUAGCUAGUUUGAUAUACGCCCCAAAACUCGACCGCCUGUUGUGUGCAUCGGCGUUCCGACUCAAUUUUGCGCCGUAUGAUAAGUUUUUGGAAUGGGGAUAUGCGGAUAACAGCAUCCGGUUCUUCUUGAGCGACAAUCGCAAGCCUGCCGGACUAUUUGAAAACCUUCACACUGGGCAGAUCUCGUGCGCUUGCUUCGCAGACUCCAAAACACUAAUCACUGCAGGCGAAGAUUGUGUUGUGUCAGUCUACACGGUACACACGGCACCCGGCAAAGUCGUUGAACUUGUUCCGCGAUCCAGCAUGUUUGGUCACAAGACUCUAGUCACGGCCAUUGCUGUUAGCAUAGCCUUUAGCACCUUUGUGACGGCGUCGGCAGAUGGACAAGCCUUCCUUUGGGAUCUCAACCAGCUCACCUUUAUCCGUAAGCUGCCACUGGUGCGACUCGUGGAGUGUGCUGCGAUGAACAAUGUUUCUGGGGAAGUCUUAUUGUGCUCGGGCCCGAACGUUCUCUUGUACACACUCAAUGGAACCCUCAUCCUGGACCAAAAUGUCUGCGGAGAGCAAGAUGAUUAUGUACAUUCAUGUGCAUUCUACGAAGGCGCCGGAGACGAGUGGCUGGAGAAUUGCAUAAUUUUUACCGGCCACAGCCAGGGAAAAGUUAAUGUUUGGCGCAAAUGUGUUCUCGGCGGCAAGUGGACACUGGAAUUGCUUCGAAGGCUAGAUCAUCUUGACUUCAAGGGCGGCACACAAGGCAACACGAAUGCUGGAAUUACUUGUAUUACACCCAUGCCCACUUGCUUAUACACCGGAGAUGAGGAUGGGAGAGUGUACGAAUGGAAUUUUGGUCGCGGAGACCGAUAG